GCUAUAAAGCUAUAAAUCUAGAAGGUCUUCGAUGAAAGACUAAGUAAUAAAAAUGGCAGCCUCCAGUGUAAACACACGACGGUUCAUUGAUAUUGGUAUUAAUCUAACUGAUGGCAUGUUCAGAGGUCUAUACCAUAGAUCACAGAAACACCAAGAUGAUUUCCAAGAUGUUCUGCAGAGAGCUUUCAAAGUCGGCAUGAAGAAGAUGAUGAUAACAGGCGGAUCACUGAAAGACAGUAAGGAGGCACUGGAAUUGGCCCAAACCAAUGAUGCACUAUACAGCACAGUUGGCUGUCACCCGACCAGAUGUACAGAGUUUGACAAACACGCUCAUGGCCCUGAGAAAUACCUCAACGACCUUCUGGAACUGAUACAGAACAACAGGCAGAAGGUUGUAGCAUUAGGAGAAUGUGGCUUAGAUUAUGAUAGGCUUCACUUUUGCCCUAAGGCCACUCAACUGAAGUAUUUUGAGAAACAGAUGGUUCUAGCAGAGGAAACCAAUCUUCCUUUAUUCCUCCACUGUAGAGCGUCACACCAAGACUUUGUAGAUAUUGUGAAAAGGAAUAGGGAAAAAAUAAAAGGAGGUGUGGUGCAUUCAUUUACUGGAUCCAAAGCAGAAGUAGCAGAAUUUUUAGACCUGGAUUUCUAUAUUGGCAUCAAUGGAUGUUCCCUGAAGACGGCAGAGAACAUUGAAGCCAUGUGUACGAUACCAAAGGACAGGCUGAUGAUCGAAACAGACGGACCAUGGUGCGAGGUGAAACCAACCCAUGCAGGCUUCAAGCAUGUCCAAACCAAGUUCCCUACCAAGAAGAAAGAGAGAUGGGAGGAAGGUCAUUGCGUGAAGGGACGCAACGAACCAUGCCACAUCACUCAAGUGUUGGAGGUGAUGGCAGCAACAAGGGGAGAGGAUAUCGAUGAGCUGGCCGAGAUCAUGUAUGAGAACACAGAGAAGAUCUUCUUCAAUAGAUGAUAAUGGCCCCCGUUUAGCAUCACUCCAUUAUCUGUGCCCUACGUCUUUUACUGAACUCUUUGUACAUAAAUUAUUCUUAGUUAAAUUAACAGAUAGAAUGAUAGAUGAUAGAUAGAAUGUUUCUUGUUUAGCUCGUAUCAUGUCUUGUACAUCUCAUUACGAUUCCAAGUGAUUUAGACAUUACAGAUCAAGUUGAGUUCUGGCCGCGUCUUAUAAAGACUUGAUAUAAAUUAUUAAUCACAACUUUAUUUGAGAUUGAUAUCAAUCGCAACUAUGUACAUAAGAGAUAGGAGACUGCAAAUUUGCGAUUGAUUAGAGGACUUGCCAUUACUCUUUAUAAGACAGGGCUCUGGUCAUGCAAUUUCAUUAUGAAUAGAAACUGUUUGUAAAGCGAUUGGAAAAGGUUGAUCAUGUAGCACAUAAAUAGUGACGUAUAUAUACUGCCAGGCUGUGGGAUAAUUAAAAUGAUAGGAAAAUGACCCAGUCUUGUUAAAACUCAAGUGCACUGUACCAAAUGGGACUACCGGUACGCACAAAUGCGGCAUGAAAGUGUGGUCCACAACACCAUUUGUUUCUCGUGAUGUUUUGAAUAUGACGGCAUUUAAAGAGCAGUAUUUUUCACGAUACACCCAAAUUGAGUGGCAAAUGUAGAAUUGUGUCUUUCCAAAGGACAUUUUUUGGGAGAAGGGGAGAUACGGAAUAUUGUCUAAUCGAUGUGAAUUACAGCCUAAAUUUAAUUUAGAGAAAUUAAGUACAUUAUAUGUUAGUUGUUCUCUGUAGGUUUUCAUGGUGAGCGAGUAUUCAUGAUGGAAGACUUUGGGACCAGCAGAAUAUACAGGUAUUCAGAGAGCUGAAUGUAGAAGUGUCAGCCGCCAUUCCUUGGGGCCAUCAAGAAUGUUAGACAAUAGGUAAACAUUCCCUCUUUAGUUCAGGGAUGGCCAUGUACCUGUCUGAUUGCAUAAGGAAUUAAGUUUUGGAAUUCUUUAAUGAAAUAAAAAAAUGCUCCAUCGAUUAUUACUUUCAAGAACAAAUUGAAAUUGUUUUUAUAACAAUCAUUGAGUAUAAUUUGUUGUUUUUGUUGAAUACAAGAUCAUUCUCUGCUCGCUGGCUCAAAAUAUAAUUUUACAUAUUAUAUUGUGCCUUCUCAUGCUUAUCUCCUUUCUAAUGCGCAUUUCUCUUUUCUCAUCUUCUUCUCAACCCCACAUGCAGCUCAUUAUUUUCUGUACCCCCGAUCUCUCGCUUCUUUUCUGGCAUUGUGUGCUCUUUGUAUUAUGACUAUGUUCUUAUAUCUGGUAGAUGCCGCAUGAAAACAAACACAAAAACUCAGCGAGUGACACGUUGAAGUAAUAGGAAUAAAUGCUUUUCAGAAAAUAAA